AUGCCACUCUCAUCAUCACAAUCAUCUCCACCAUCGUCGCAGAACUUGAAACGAAAGCAGCAAACUAUCUCCAGUUUCUUCACGAAGAAGCCCCAGUCAACGAAGCCAGAGGAAUCGCAUGGCGCCGACGAGAAGCAGCGAACCAAUGGAGCGGAGGAAGUAGGAAAUGAGAAUCGAGCGCCACCACACACAGCUGAUGCGGCAGAGGAGGAUGACGACGACAUUGUGGCCCCAGCCCCAAAACGUGCCAGAACGAAUGCGCAUCGCCAGAAAGACACGGACCAGACAUCGGAUGGACCUCCCCGCAUCGCCGAGCCGCCGAAGAGUAGCCAGCGGACCGAACUCGCCAAGUUUGCUAGCUCUCCUGCCGGCGCCGCUGAGCCAGAGGAGAUGGAUGAAGAGGAAGCACAAGAGCGAAAGAAAGAGCGCGAAAAGCUCCAUAAACAGUUUGUGCGGAGACUCGGUGGGCCGGACUGCCUCAUUGGAAUCAACAGACAUGUCUCUGGUGAGGCGGACCCUGCGUUGGAGGAAGCAGCUGAAGCAGACGAGGACGAAGAAGCUGUCCAAGCUCCUCCAGCCAAGGGGAAAGCAGCCGCAAAGAAAGGCGGGGGAAAGCUUACCCCCAUGGAGAGGCAGAUCAUUGAUAUGAAGCGGAAGCAUAUGGACAAGAUUUUGGCCGUGCAGGUUGGCUACAAGUUUCGCUUCUUCGGAGAGGAUGCCAGAGUUGCUGCAAAGGAGCUGAGCAUUGUCUGCAUUCCGGGGAAGUUUCGGUUCGAUGAACACCCAUCGGAAGCCCAUCUUGACCGGUUCGCGUCUGCCAGCAUCCCCGUCCAUAAGCUACAUGUUCAUGUGAAACGCCUCAUCACCGCUGGACAUAAAGUUGGAAUCGUCAGGCAAAUCGAGACAGCGGCCUUGAAAGCGGCCGGUGAUAAUCGCAAUGCACCAUUUGUUCGCAAGCUCACGAAUGUUUACACCAAAGGGACAUAUAUCGACGAUAUGGAAGGACUCGAAGGACCCACCGCUGGGGCGGGAACUACGGCGGCAACUGGAUACAUGCUUUGCAUUACGGAGACCAAUGCAAAAGGAUGGGGUAAUGAUGAAAAGGUCCACGUCGGUAUUGUGGCUGUACAGCCAGCUACAGGUGAUAUAGUGUUUGACGAUUUUGAAGACGGGUUCAUGCGGAGCGAAAUCGAAACGAGGCUGUUGCAUCUUGCGCCAUGCGAGCUGCUCAUUGUUGGAGACUUGUCUAAAGCAUCGGACAAGCUCGUCCAACAUCUUGCGGGCAGCAAGAUGAACGUCUUUGGAGACAAGGUCCGUGUCGAGAGAACGACCAAGUCCAAGACUGCGGCAGCUGAGGCCCAUAGCCAUGUCUCGAGUUUCUAUGCAGACAAGGUGAAGUCCGCUAAUGCGAGUGACGAUACACAAGCAAGCAACCUACUCCAGAAAGUGCUCAACCUGCCUGAGCAGGUAAGCAUCUGUCUAUCUUCUAUGAUCAAACACAUGACCGAGUAUGGCUUGGAACAUGUUUUUGAUCUCACCAAAUAUUUCCAACACUUCUCGUCGCGCUCCCACAUGCUUCUCAACGGGAACACCUUGAUGAGCCUUGAAAUCUACCAAAACCAGACGGACCAUUCUAGUCGGGGGAGUUUGUUCUGGACCCUGGACCGCACUCAGACCCGAUUCGGACAGAGACUUCUUCGCAAAUGGGUGGGACGCCCGUUAUUGGAUAAAUCGAAGCUGGAGGAGAGAGUCAAUGCGAUUGAGGAGUUGAAGAGUAUGGAGAAGGUUGCGAUGGUUGAACGCCUGAAGGGCGUCCUUGGUAAAGCGAAAUGUGACCUUGAGAAGAUCCUGAUCCGCAUUUACUACGGAAGGUGCACUCGACCAGAGCUUCUCACAGGCCUCCAGACGUUGCAGAUGAUUGCACAGGAGUUUGGCGAUGUCAAAUCCCCGGAGGAUUCUGGCUUUACAACCCCCAUCCUUAACGAAGCAAUCGCGUCUCUCCCCACAAUACUGGAAGAUGUCUUGUCCUUUCUCAACAAGAUCAAUCUCCAUGCUGCCCGCAAUGACGACAAGUAUGAGUUCUUCCGUGAAGCAGAAGAGACGGAAGAUAUCAGUGAGCACAAGCUCGGCAUUGCUAGUGUGGAGCACGAGCUGCGCGAAUACCAAUCUGUCGCAGGCAAGAUCCUCGGGAGGAGCAAAAUACAAUACGUUACAGUUGCUGGCAUUGAUUAUCUGAUUGAGGUCGAAAACAACUCAUCCUACCUCAAAAGAGUACCCGCCUCGUGGGUCAAAAUCAGUGGCACCAAGAAGCUAUCGAGAUUCCACUCUCCGGAGGUGAUCAAGCUCCUACGGCAACGAGAUCAGCACAAGGAAGCUUUGGCUGCCGCCUGUGACCACGCAUAUGCUUCCCUCUUGGCUGAAAUCGCAGCUAACUACCAGCCUUUCCGUGAUUGCGUUCAGUCCCUUGCAACGAUCGAUUGCUUGCUUUCACUUUCUAGCAUUGCGAACCAACCUGGCUAUGUGAAACCCGAGUAUGCGGAUAACACCUGUAUCCACGUGGAGCAAGGACGUCAUCCAAUGGUGGAGCAACUUUUACUCGACAGCUAUGUACCGAACGAUAUCAACUUGGACAGCGAAGAGACUCGGGCUCUCCUCGUCACGGGUCCUAACAUGGGUGGUAAAUCCAGUUAUGUGCGACAAAUAGCUCUUAUUGCUAUCAUGGGACAAGUUGGAUCAUAUGUUCCCGCGCAGUCCGCGAAGCUCGGCAUGCUAGACGCAGUGUUUACUCGAAUGGGCGCGUUCGAUAACAUGUUGGCUGGGGAGUCUACCUUCAUGGUGGAGCUUUCGGAGACGGCCGAUAUUCUCAAACAAGCGACGCCCCGCUCGCUUGUCAUCCUGGAUGAACUGGGACGUGGAACUUCCACGCAUGACGGUGUUGCGAUCGCCCAGGCUGUCCUUGACUACAUGGUCCGCUCACUGCGAAGCCUAACCCUCUUCAUCACACAUUACCAACAUCUCUCUUCUAUGGUGCACUCGUUCCCGAAUCAUGAACUUCGCAAUGUGCACAUGCGCUUCACUGAAUCGGGAUCAGGCCAGGACGAAGAAAUCACUUUUCUCUACGAGGUCGGGGAGGGCGUUGCGCAUCGCAGUUAUGGUCUCAACGUCGCGCGGUUGGCGAACUUGCCGGUGCCUCUGAUUGAGGUAGCCAAACAGAAAAGCGCGGAGCUCGAACAGAAGAUCCGCCGUCGACGACUUGCUGGCCUGAUGUCCACAGUCGAGAAUAUCAUGUCUGAUUCGGCGAAGAAUGAUGAGGGCUUGAUUACUCGGCUGAUCAGUAGCGCCGAGCAGUUAUAG